AUGGAUUCAGCCCUAUUUAGUUUCGGUGUACCUCUAGCAAUUGGCUCAGCAAUCACUUAUCUCUCAAAGAAGAAUAACAACAAAAAAAUAAACAAAAUGUCAAAACUUGCAGAUCCAAUCGAGGAUAUUCCUCACUACAUUAGAGAUAAUAAGUAUCCAGCUAAGAUCCACAACUCUAAAGUCAGAGAACAUCUAUUGGCCAAAUUAUCAAAGAGCGAAGCAAUUGAUGCAGUAGGGUUUUUGGUAGUCGGUAACCCCGUGGAACCAAAUAAGUAUUGUGAUACCUUUAAACAAUUUAGACAAGAACGUUAUUUCUUCUAUUUGACAGGUAUUGAUAUCCCAUCUGCUGCUUUAUUUUACGACUGUAAAUCUCAGAAAUUGGUCGUGUUCUUACCAGAAAUCGAUUACGAUGAUGUUGUAUGGGGUGGUAUGCCAAUGGAACCAAAGGAACUCCUAGAAAAAUAUGAUAUUGAUGAAGUCUAUUAUAUGAGUCAAUUGAAUGAUAUAAUUGGACAAUACAACAACAUAGAGACAUUGUAUACUACAGACAAAGACAAUUUUGAUGAAUUGAAGUUAAACGAAUCUUUGAAUAGUAUGGUUAAUGCCAAGGACAAGGAUUUCUUCUAUGCAUUGGAUGAAUCUAGAUUAAUUAAGGACCAAUAUGAAAUUGAAAUCCUAAAGCAUGUAGCUAAGAUUACCGAUAGAAGUCACUACGCAGUUAUGUCUGCUUUACCAAUUGAAAUCAAUGAAUUACAUAUUGAAGCAGAGUUUGCAUAUCAUGCGAAGAGACAAGGAGCUCGUACUCUAGGUUAUGAUCCAAUUUGUUGUUCUGGUCCAGCAUGUGGUACUUUACAUUAUGUGAAGAAUUCUGAAUCUUUGAAGGAUAAGGACUCCACUUUGAUCGACGCUGGAGCCGAAUGGAUGAAUUACGUCUCCGAUGUCACUAGAUGUUUCCCAUUAACAGGAAAAUACACUAAAGAGCAUCGUGAAAUUUACGAGACUGUUCGUGAUAUGCAAACACAAACUAUGGCAUUGAUGAAGCCUGGUAUCAAAUGGGAAGAUCUACAUAUCAUGUCUCAUAAGAUUCUAAUUAAACAUCUUGUUGAGUUAGGUAUUUUAAAGGGUAGCGAAUUCACAGAACAAGAAAUGUUUGACUCUAGAGUCUCUUGUGCUUUUUACCCUCACGGGUUAGGUCAUGUAAUGGGUCUUGAUGUUCAUGACGUCGCAGGAUAUCCAAACUAUGAGGAUCCUGAUCCUUAUUUCAAGUACUUAAGAUUACGUCGUGAAUUGAAAACCGGGAUGGUGUUAACAAAUGAACCAGGUUGUUACUUCAAUGAGUAUUUACUUGAUGAAUUCUUACAUAAACAUCCAGAGAGAGCCAAGAUGGUUGACUUUGAAGUAAUGAAGAAAUACAAAAACGUAGGUGGUGUACGUAUCGAGGAUGAUAUCAUAAUUACAAAGGAAGGAUAUGAAAAUAUGACUGGGAUAACUUCCGAUCCUGAUGAAAUUGAAAAAAUUGUUCAAGCAGGUCUUUCAAAGAAACGUUCUGAUUUCCACGUUAUUGUUUAG